AGGAAAUCUGUCUGCCUUGGCAUAAUUCAGCUUCAAAGUAUUCAAUUCGAAGAAACAAGGAGAAAAAUUUAUAAGGGGGUACAUAAAGUGAGCUUGUAGGUCCAGGAUGUACAGCUUUAUGGGAGGUGGAUUAUUCUGUGCUGGAGUAGGCAACAUACUCCUGGUGGUCUCCACAGCCACUGACUACUGGAUGCAGUAUCGCCAGUCAAGCGGCUUCAUGCACCAGGGCCUGUGGCGCUACUGCAUGCCUGGGAAAUGCAUGACGCACACAGACAGCAUUGCUUACUGGGACGCCACCCGCGCCUUCAUGAUCCUGGCCAUCCUGGCCUGCUUCUUUGGCCUAAUCAUAGGUGUCAUGGCUUUCAUCAAUUACUCCUCGUUUGGCGGAUUUGACAAAACAUUUGCUGCUGGAAUUCUGUAUUUCAUUUCAUGCUUCUUCGUCCUGCUGGCCAUGGCUGUAUACACUGGGGUGACGGUGAACUACUACGGGAAACGAUAUGGAAGCUGGAGGUUCUCCUGGUCUUAUAUAAUGGGGUGGGUCUCGGUGGUGCUGACAUUUUUUUCAGGUAUAUUCUACAUGUGCGCUUACCGUAUGCAUGGACCCAGAGGCCCCAUGUCCCGCUGAGGCAUCUCAACCAACUUCUACCAUCAUUCAGUCUGAAUGUGAACCACCAUGUCACCACCAGGUCCUUCCAUUUUAAAACUUUCAUUUACCUCACAACCCUGAAUAUCAAAGAAUAAAGGACUGAAGAUAAAUCUGCCAAGUGCUCCUUCGUUUUUCUCAUCUUUAUUUCACAAUAAAGCAAUCUUUCUUCAGAGUACAUAGGCCAAGUUGUGUUACUACACAAUGUAUAAACAUGCACUGUGAGUUUCUUAAA